ACAGGUUAAUUUCCUCUGGGUUUUGGCUUGAUUUACGACACUUGUGCGAUAAUAUCAUAAUAUACAGCAUUUGUGACUUGCAGACUGCUUUACCGUUUUAACUUACAGACUGGUACAGUAGUUGUUUCGUUGCUUAUAUAAUUUUAUGUUUUUUAGGAAACGCAGUAAUCGAGAAACGUUACGACUCUACGGCAUCAAAAUGAUUGAACUCAAUGGAUUACUCUUUAGAAAAGAUAUCGUAUCUGGAUCCAGGAGGAUAUCCGUGCAUCACUUAGAAAUUUGAUCUCAUUGACAAAAUGACUAAUCACCCCGACGAGCCUGUGAUCGAUACUUUAAAUGACUUUGACUUUAUUAAUUUUGGAUUAAAAUAAGCUACUGCCGCAAGCUGACGCCUCACCUUGAUUAUUUUUUCUGCCUGUGCCAUCCGAUCUAUCCACUUUAGUUUUCUGACAUUUAUCGCCAAAAAUAACUCCUUGCAGAAUGCUGACGAAAAACGCUGAAAUUCUUGUUUAAUUUUCGUGCAUGAUGAAUUAAUUAAUCGCUGCCAUGGAAGAUCAGCGUGUCGCAGAUUAUUUUAUCGUGGCUGGAUUGGAUGAAAAGGCGGAUUUAUUGAAGAUAUCUGACGAGGCAGAAGGCGAUACCAAGGAGAACAUCCGUGAUCCCAUUACUGAUCUGGCCAUUAUAAACCGCUCCGACCACGAGACCGUUCCCGAUGGAUACUUCUGUGUGGAAUUAACGCCCAGCGGCGUGACGGCCGAUCUGAAUUACGGAAGUUUUCGCUGUCCGGAAUUGUUUCUGUGUUAUCGUCGCGGCCGCGAUAAGCCGCCGCUGGUGCAUAUCGGCGUGAUCUUUGAAGGCCGCGACAAAGUGCUGCCGCAGUGCGAGGUGAUCCGCGAAACCCCGGAGGGGCGCUGCGCCAACGUCAACAACACCACCUCCCACCGCACCUUCAUCACCUUCAAACGCGCCAGUCCGCGCUCCAAUCCCAACGACCUGGUGGUGACGGAAGUGUGCGUGGUAAUUAAGGACGAAAAGCCACCGCACACGUUCUGGAAGAUCAGCGAUCGCAAUCUGAACAAUGCUCUUUUUGGGUCGGAUGUCUUUCUGUGCUACAAGAAAGCGACGGGGAAUCGGAAUUUUUUGACUUAUCAGCCGGCACUGCUGUUCCGUUAUCCACAGCGGAAUCAUGCGUCAAUGGCGCUGCCGGAUGAUGUCCAAUCCUUCUCCAUGCCCAUGGGCGCGUCAUUGGAGGCUUGGCCGCGUGAAGCAGAAUCGCCGCGGCCGAUCUUUGCCAAAUUUGUUCUGACGGUCUCAGGCAAUCGGAAUCAAGUGUACGGUGGUGGUAAACUGGUACAGAAGCUGUACGGUGCGGCGUUGACAUUUUAUGAGUCGUAUCCACGGGAUAAAUUGACAGCUGAGCAGAAAAGAGACUUGCUAAAAACGCUGCGCGACGAAGAGUCGAAUUUCUUUGUCAAUAAAUCCAUCUGUAUUUUAUCGAAAUGGCCGUUUUUUGACGUCUUCCAGUCAGUUUUGCAUCAUUUGCUGACAAUGUGUUUCUCCACAAGCGCACAUUCCGUUCCCAUUGAGAGAGUGAUUUCGCAUUUUAUCCAAGAAGUACCGUUUCCCUCCGCAUACCGGCCCAAGGUGCAGGUGCAGUUGACAAGUAGCAGCAGCACUCCUGUCAUCACUUUGACUCGACCCGGGGAUUCUCCGAUUCCGCUCAAUGGAGCUUCAUUUAGCACUAUGGUGAAGAAUCUGUCUCCGGAGAAUUGUGCUCUGAUAUUGCUGGUGUCAUUACUCGAACAGAAAAUUUGUCUGCAUUCACUGCGACCGGAUGUGCUGACAGCUGUAGCCGAAAGUGUUACCACAAUCAUUUUCCCAUUUGUUUGGCAGUGUUCAUAUGUUCCCUUGUGCCCGUUGAAAUUAUGCGCGUUACUGCAAGCACCGGUGCCGUUUGUCUACGGGGUGGAUUCCCGUUAUUUUGAAUUAUGCGAUCCACCGCCGGAUGUGAUUUAUGUCGAUUUAGAUACGAACAGUAUUGAAAUACCUAAAGAGAAAUUUGAGUUCAAUCUGAAAAUGAUGCCCAAGAAACCGAUGAAGGCCUUAAUGGAAAAACUGGAGAAGAUUAACCUGAAAAUGGCGAAGGAUGCCGCCAAGAAUCUGAUGGAGCGUAAGAAGGCUAGUCCGGCCGCGGCCAUGCCCGGUGAAAAGGAAUUCAAGCAGAAAAUUAGAACACGUCAGUUUGACAUGGAAAUUCAAGAAGCCUUCCUUUCGUUUAUGGUAUCGAUUUUGAAAGGUUACCGUAGCUUCCUUAAACCGAUGGUGCGGGCGCCGGCCGAGGGGGCCACCGAUCCCGGUGCACUGUUUGACAUUGCAGGAUUUCUAAAAAGCCGCGAUCGAUCGUAUGCCAAGUUUUACGACUCCUUGAUUCAUACACAACAAUUUAUACGCUUUAUUGAAGAGCGCAGUAUCAUGUCGGAUCGUGAAGCCAGCUAUGGUAUGGCGUUCUUUGAUGAAUGUGUUCAACGUGUGGAGAAAGAGGGCACAUUAGAGAUUUCGCUACUUGAUACGGAUGAAAUGGUAAACGAGCGGACGGUGUUCAUUCCCCCUCCCGAAAAUGAAAAGUCAACGGAGAAAUUCGUGUACGGCAAAGGCUUCCCUCCGCUUCGUUACGAACUAUUCGGCAAUGCUCCUUCCGAAUCGGGACUCCAGACACCGGAACUAGGGGAGCGGGAAUCAAAACCAACCGGUACAUCCAACGAUCUGGUCACUAUGCGCACAAAACAGGAGGUGAAAACUUUUCAAUCAUACGCUCAGAUGGCCAAUCAACAUACGAAACGCUGGGCGAAAUGUUUGCUGUCCACUGGGUACGCUCUGUGGUUCAUGUACCUUCCCUCGCUUGUCGCUUCCUCCAACUCACCCUCCCGCACACUGCGCAAUGCAUUUGAAACAUUGAAGCGAAUGCUGCACGCUAAAAUCCAGCCGUCUGAUGAAGUGGCGUAUCGCAUCAUGAUGCAGCUUUGUGGGAAGUAUAGCCAGCCGGCACUGGCCGUUAAAGUCUUAUCGGAAAUGAAAAAUUAUAAAAUUCAGCCUGACGCGGUGACGUACGGAUUUUAUAAUAAAGUCGUCUUCGAAAGCACCUGGCCAUCGGCAUCGCAUUCGCCGUACAUGUUGUGGAUGAAGACUAAGCAUGUUAUCCGUGGAGUGACACUGUUCCGAGAAGCCGGCGCACAACGACGCCAGAAUCGCUUGAAAAGCGAUGAAAUCGAUGCAGCGAGAACUCAAUUGAUUGCGGAUAACGCAUCCGACGAAGGGAAGGGUACUCGAGGAUCGUCGGAUACCGGAUUCUUUUCGUUGGACCAAGACACAAAAAGGAACAGUAUGAUGAGCUUGACCAGUGGAGAAUUCAUGGCGGCCAUUGCGGAAUUGAAACCGAAUGAACCGGCACUUGACGAGAGUUCGGCGGAUAUUACGCUAGAUACUAGUGCAACGCUAGUGCCGGAUUCGAGUCCCACAAAAUCGUCAGAAGUCCCCGAAGCUGUCCCUUUUGAUAUGUUUCCCUUUGAAUCGAACUGCAUUGUUCGAAAAUCAGCAGGUUCGGCUGGAAAGAGCAGAAUUCCUUCGAUCGGCAGUGCCAGGGCGGUGCAGAAUGAAAAUGAUACGGAAUUCAAUUCUGCUGGUUUGUUGAUGGUGCACCGCAGCCGACGUCACACUGCAGAAAAAACGACGAGCAAUUCGUGGCGACCUAAGCAUCGGCGUCACAGGAGCUGGACAGAGGGAACACGGCAUUCAGUAUCGGCUUCGAAGCGCAAACAUUUGAGUACUUCCGGUCUGGCAUUGUCUCCACAGCACCUCAAACGAUCUUUACUGAGCCGGAAGAGUUCCAAAUCGGAAAGUACAGUUCCCAUGCAAACCCCGCAACAGCGGGCUGUUUCGCCACUAAACAAGAUGCAUCUUUCCAGUGAAACCGUCGUUGUACUCGAAGAAACGGUUCGCACGGUGGAGAUACCGUCACCUACCUUGGAUUUCCCUCCCGAAGACGAUGAAAUCACUUUCGGAUUUAAUAGACGGAAUAAAAGUAUGUCGGUGCCCCGUGAUUCCGAUGGAUCCGAUUCCGUCUCGCGCCUUCCUGGAUCAUCUUCCAUCGAGUUCGCCUCAACAACCCUUCCGAAACUCGGAGCUUUUAUUCGUAAUUCGAAAUCAUAUUCGUCCAUUAAGAAGUUCUGGAAUACCGGUGAUCGGAAAAAAUCUCGGGAUGGCGAUAUGGGUAUGGAAUCCGUAGAGACAUCGCCUCUGGUCAAAGGCAGUGCGGCACUUGUAUCCGGGAUGAAAUCGAUGACUUUGGCAUUAGGGAAAAAAAUUGGGGAAUUAUCGACCACUUUGACGACAGCUUCCUCAGAAACCGGUUCUCCCAGCCGCAUCGGAUCAUCUCUUCGCGAUCUGCCCGGUGCGCUGAAUUUCACAGAUUAUGGCUUUGAUUCGUUUGGGCCAAUGACGUCAUCGCAGGACUGGGAAGAAGAGGAGGAAGAAGUGAGCGGUAGGGAUGACGUUGAUGCGGGGCUGUCGUCCAGUAAAAGUUGGGAGUUUCCGGCGUACCAUUUUUCGCCCCGCCAUGCGUAUCGGCUUGAUGGAACGGUGCACGGCAUUGAUGGACACGUUUUAGUCCAUGUGGAUAUGUGCAGUGUAGUAGCGUGUCAUAAAUGUGAAACUGCCGUAUAUGACGAAGAGGUUUUGGCUGGAUUUUAUCCGGACGAAUCAAAUCUAAAUGCAAGGUGCCCUUAUUGUGCAACGAAGUUUCUACCAGUAUUAACAAUUGUCGUGCAUGAUCACAUCGAGGUGGAGGAGGAAAAAGACGAAGAUCCGAAUGCCGAUGGCUACGAUAACAACUGUCCACUGCUAAAGCUUUCCUCAAAAUCUACAAACGCAUCUGUCUCUACGACCGAUAAACGCUCGUCAUCCUUAUUUAGUUCUCAGGAUAACAUUUCUGCGCACAAUGCUUCUAUUAACACGGAUUCGGAGUCCACGGAGACGGGUGUUGUACCGGUCGUCGAUACUCUUCGAAUCGAAGAGACGCUAUCCGUGAACAGUGGCCAGGGUGUUCCAUCAGAAGACAUAUCCCAGUCAAACAGUAUCUGCGGCCGGAGUAACCGGUGUAAAUUGCGUCAAGCUAUCACGGUGCCAUACCUUAGUCCGUUGGUUAUGCGGAAGGAACUGGAAACGCUCAUGGCUAACGAAGGGGAUACUUGCUUGUUGGACCCGGAUUUUGUAAAAUCCCAUGAUAUUAUUUACUGGAAUCUGCUCUGGUAUUGUGAACGAAUGAACCUGCCACAAAGUCUGUCCGGAAUGUUGCUGGAUGCUAAUGGAUUGCGUCUCCUUUCGCAGUUGGGCCAUUCUGUGACACUGACGUCAAGAAGUCGUUAUGUUUUGGUCUCAUGCCGAUGGGAUAAUCCUGAACUGCAUCCGCAGCUAGGCGUUCCCAUGUAUAUCAGCUACACCGAAGAAGGUUCGAUAUCUUCACAGUUGAACGCUUUGGGAAUUGAGGAUACGGGCCUGAGUUUCUGCCGCAACUUAAUGGACCAAAUGUUGGCGCGGAUCCGCGAUGAAAGCGACCUGGAGUCGCCCAUGCGGCUUUUCCUGCAUGAACUGCAGAAGCGGCCGGAUCAGCGCCAUCGCAGCAUGUACCGGGAAUUGUUAUUCCUGGCCAUCCGUGCCCUGGACUCGGAGAAUAUUGACCGCAUGGCAUUUGAUAAAGUGUACAAACCCGCCUUCCAGUCGCUGCGGAAGGACGAGGGCUUCAUUAGUAUUCUACAGGCCGAUGAUCGACCGCCCAGUGUUACGGCUACCUGGUGCCGUCAGGCAUUUCGACCGCUGGAAGUGUGAAAAAAUGUGGUGGUUCUGAAGUGGCCGGUGAUUUUUUGUUUGCGAGGGUGGGGUGGUGUGGCACCGUGGUCACAUUGUGUUGAUUGCGUUGUCGAAGAUCCGAUAUGGUCUGGGCUGUGAUAAGAAGUGACGGGUUGGGUGUUGUGUUGUAACGAAUCCGCACCAGUGGUACAGUGCACUGCUUAAGCGUGUUCAAUUGUUACGGUGUUACCUUACAUUUUGAAUGUUGUUUUCUAGCCAGUUGAAGUUUUCUUCCUAAAAAUAUCGUACCAAAAAUGACAAAGCAACA